UGUGCUGCUCGCAUCUGAGUCUACUGCAGCUUCUUCAAUGUGAAUAUUCUCAAUUUGUCGAUUGUCUAACUUUUCGUUGGACGACAGUUGAUUAUAAUUCUUCCUCAGCGGUCGAGAUUCUGCAACAAAACAGGCGCUGGGGAUAUUGUCUACUGCUCCACAAACAUCUUCUCAUGGAUCUCCACAACGACUCCUCCCGCAUCCAUUGAUCUUGGGAGCCUUCCUACGCGAAAAUCAUGGAUCCCAGUUCGCUAAAAAUUGCCGUCUUGGGCGCUGGCGUGGUGGGUAUGACAGUGGCUAGGCUGAUUCAGGAUGAACUGAGGCAUUCGAAAAUCACUGUCGUUGCUGAUACUUUCAAAGAUGAUACACUCAGUACCAUAGCAGCCGGCAUUUUUCGUCCAGGGACCAGCUUCCGAGGCCCGAACAAAGAGACUACACAAAAAUGGAUCGACGAUUCGUGGCAUUAUUUUCAAAAUAUUUUAAACACAUCUGAAGCAGCGAACGCCGGCAUUAUGCCGGUGUCAUCAUAUAUAUUUUCAAAGAAUAACUAUCACGUGACAAGAAACCAUUUAAUUGAACAUUUGGCACCUAUAUACCGAUCUGUUGAUGACAAUGAACUAAAUAUAUGUGGCGAAGGUUGGAAGUACGGUUCAUACUUCUCAACGAUAAAAACAGAAUGCAGUGCGCACUUACCGUGGCUGGAACGGAUAAUACUUGAGAAAGGCGCCAAAAUAAUAAAAGGUAAAAUCGAUAACUUUGCAUCAUUAUCGCAUUUUGACCUUGUUUUCAAUUGCACAGGUUUUGGCGCGAAAUAUCUGUGCAAAGACAACGAUUUGGUUCCGCUGCGUGGUCAAGUGAUAAAGGUCAAGGCGCCGUGGUUAAAAUCAGCUUUUUAUGGGGAUUAUGACUCUUAUAUUAUUCCUGGUUUUAAUGGAAUCGCUACACUCGGUGGGACGCGGCAAUACGACAGUUACAAUGUCGAUGUUUGCAAGCACGACGCGGCGGGAAUCAUGGACAGGUGCUGCGAACUGGUGCCGGGCCUGCGCUCAGCCGAGGUGCUGGCGCACCGUGUGGGGUUACGGCCGCACCGCAUGCCGGUGCGCGUAGAGCCCGAGACAGUGGACGGUGUGAAGGUAGUUCACUGCUACGGUCACGGUGGCUACGGUGUCAUGACGGCACCUGGUACGGCUAUGCACGCGGUCCGAAUCGGGCUCGACUCACUUAGGAGCGGCAGCUUUAGAAAUAAGCUUUAACUAAAUUAUACGGAACAAUAUAAUAUUUUUCACCACACAGCGGCCGAUCGC